UGAGAGGCGUAUUCGGAUUGGACCGGUUCGUAUAAAACCCUGACCCGAACCGAUGUAGUGUCUCCGAGACUCUCCGUUUUUUCAACAGUGACACUAAAAACGGCAUCGUUGCACUCUUCUGCUUCACUACUAAAAUUCCGACUCAAAAGAAAGCGGAGGAGUUCGUGUCGUGUGUAGCAGUUUCAGAAAAUGGGAACAUCAGUGCAGGUAACUCCAUUAUGCGGAGUGUUUAACGAGAAUCCAUUAUCUUACUUAGUCUCAAUAGACGGCUUCAACUUCUUAAUCGAUUGUGGAUGGAACGACCAUUUCGAUCCUUCUCUCCUUCAACCUCUUUCCAAGGUAGCGUCCACUGUAGAUGCGGUGCUUCUUUCUCAUUCAGAUACGCUUCACUUGGGAGCUCUCCCUUAUGCCAUGAAGCAACUCGGCCUCUCCGCUCCGGUUUUUUCUACUGAGCCUGUCCACAGAUUAGGUCUUCUCACUAUGUACGAUCAGUACCUUGCCCGGAGGCAAGUCUCGGAGUUUGAGUUGUUUACGUUGGAUGAUAUUGACUCUGCUUUCCAAAAUGUGACAAGGCUAACCUACUCUCAGAAUUACCAUCUGUCUGGGAAAGGAGAGGGGAUUGUGAUUGCUCCUCAUGUGGCUGGGCAUCUCCUUGGAGGAACUGUGUGGAAAAUUACUAAGGAUGGAGAAGAUGUUAUAUAUGCUGUUGACUAUAACCGUCGCAAGGAAAAGCAUUUGAAUGGAACUGUUCUAGAAUCUUUUGUUCGGCCUGCAGUUCUAAUAACGGAUGCCUACAAUGCUUUGAACAAUCAACCUCCCAGGCAGCAAAGAGAGAUUUUUCAAGAUACUAUUUCAAAAACUCUAAGAGCUGGUGGGAAUGUAUUACUACCUGUGGACACUGCUGGGCGAGUACUGGAACUUCUCUUGAUUUUGGAAGAUUACUGGCAAGAAAAUUCCUUGAACUAUCCCAUUUUCUUCCUCACAUAUGUUGCAUCAAGCACAAUUGAUUAUAUCAAGAGUUUUCUGGAGUGGAUGGGUGAUUCCAUAACAAAGUCCUUUGAAACGUCACGUGACAAUGCUUUUCUUCUGAAGCAUGUCACCCUUCUGAUUAACAAGAGUGAACUUGAUAAAGCUCCUGAUGGUCCCAAGGUUGUCCUAGCAUCCAUGGCCAGUUUGGAAGCCGGUUUUUCUCAUGAUAUAUUUGUUGAAUGGGCAAGUGAUGCUAAGAAUCUUGUUCUUUUUACUGAAAGAGGCCAGUUUGGUAGUUUAGCCCGCAUGCUUCAGGCGGAUCCACCACCAAAAGCUGUUAAAGUCAACAUGUCUAGGAGGGUUCCUUUGGUUGGAGAGGAAUUGAUUGCUUAUGAAGAAGAGCAAAACCGAUUGAAAAAGGAAGAAGCUCUGAAAGCCAGUCUCAUCAAAGAGGAAGAAUCUAAAGCAUGUCAUGGGCCUGAUAACAAUUUGAGUGACCCGAUGAUCAUUGAUGCUGACAAUGCACACACUCCUCUAGAUGUGGUUGAUCCUCCUGGGGGUGCGUACAAGGACAUAUUAAUUGAUGGAUUUGUUCCUCCAUCCACCAGUGUUGCCCCAAUGUUUCCAUUCUAUGAAAAUACAUUUGAGUGGGAUGAUUUUGGUGAAGUCAUAAAUCCUGAUGAUUAUGUGAUUAAUGAUCAAGACAUGGAUCAGGCAGCAAUGACUGUUGGGGAUAUGGAUGGAAAGCUUGAUGAAGGUUCUGCUAGUUUGAUCCUUGAUACAAAGCCUUCAAAAGUUGUAUCAAAUGAACUGACUGUACAAGUGAAGUGUUCGUUGAUUUAUAUGGACUAUGAGGGGCGUGCUGAUGGCCGCUCAAUCAAAACAAUACUUGCUCAUGUGGCCCCUUUGAAGCUUGUUUUGGUACACGGAUCAGCAGAGGCGACUGAGCAUUUGAAACAAAACUGCUUGAAGCAUGUUUGCCCUCAUGUUUAUACUCCACAAAUUGAAGAAACAAUUGAUGUCACCUCUGAUUUAUGUGCUUAUAAGGUACAACUUUCUGAGAAGUUGAUGAGUAAUGUGCUCUUUAAGAAGUUGGGAGAUCAUGAAAUAGCUUGGGUUGAUGCUGAAGUAGGGAAGACAGAGAGUGGCAUGCUGUCUUUAUUACCAAUCUCAACCUCCCCUCCACCACAUAAAUCGGUGCUUGUUGGUGAUCUAAAAAUGGCUGAUUUUAAGUCUUUUCUCAGCAGUAAGGGUAUCCAGGUAGAAUUUGCCCUUGGUGGAGCUUUGCGAUGUGGUGAGUAUGUCACAAUACGCAAGAUCGGGACUGCAGGCCAGAAGGGUGGAGGUUCUGGUACCCAGCAGAUUGUGAUUGAAGGCCCCUUAUGUGAAGACUACUACAAGAUUCGUGAGUAUCUGUAUUCACAGUUUUAUUUGCUAUAACAUGAAGAAUGGCACCUAAGCAGUUUCGCAUGCUCAUCUAUUUCUGAUUGUAACUGGAGCAAAAUGUACAAUUUCAUUUCUGGUGAUUUGUUUACCUCACUUUUAUACGGGUCAUUCCAUAGUUCUGACACCUUUUGAGCUGAUAUAAAAAUUUCAUUUUAUGCAAA